AUUGGAUGAGUCGGUGAAGAGGCGUCGUUUGAAUUUCAGUUCAUUACGUGUUUUUGUUGUGUGUGAGGACUGCUUGUUCGGUUUCCAGUAUUUUAUAAAACAUUGAACUCGGGGAUAUUGUUUAACAUCACGGACAGACUGUAUCUGGCUGCAGUAGUUCUCCUCCUGUGGUCCUGAGCUGUGUGUUGGAGGCGAUGCGUCAUGAUGAUUCAUCUAUUAGCCGUCGGAAGGGCAAAACCCCUCAACGCCGACCCCCGCAGCCGGCCCCAGGGCCCUCCGGUACAACAUCCCGGUCCCCAAGACGGAGUGGAGCUUCAAGGCGGCCCCCCGCGUCUCCCAAGAAGAGAAGGUUUCGACCAGGGACCAGGGCCUUGAUGGAGAUCCGCAAGUACCAGAAGAGCACCGAUCUUCUACUCAGGAAGGCACCCUUCUCUCGCCUGGUCCGUGAGGUGUGCCAGAGUUUUUCCCAUGACGCUCUCCGAUGGCAGGUCUACGCUCUUCUGGCCCUGCAGGAGGCUGCAGAGGCGUUUCUUGUCAUGCUGUUCUCCGAUGCAAACCUGUGUGCGAUCCACGCCAAGCGGGUCACGCUAUUCCCCCGGGACAUUCAGCUGGCCAGGAGGAUCCGCGGGGUGGACAACAUGUGAAAACAAUACAGGACCAAGUGGACAAGCAAGCAUCAGGAAGGACACUCAUUUCAUUGCGCUCUUUCCACUUCAGUCUGUUCUGAGACUAUGAUACUGCUUAUAAUGUGUUUAAACGGUAUAACUGUUUUAAAAAUUUUAUGAUUUUUAUGCUACAUUUUUUGAAUUUUGGGUUACUAAAUUCUUGGGAAAGGAAAUAAUUUGACUUGGCAGAUUAUCACUGGUUUUAUGAAAAGGUAACAAGUUCAAGUUACCGACUUUUAACCGUCAGAAAAUAAUCCCUGUCAAGCAGUUGUAUUUUUAUACUUGAGUACUUAUAUUUGCAUAAUGUGUUAAUUUUGAUCCCUCAGUGUUGUAUUGCUUUUGAUAUAUAAUUGAUGUGUACAUAUUGUUCCACAUUCAUGUGAACUUACUUUGUUAAUAAACCGCAAGAUUAGUUUCUAUUACGUA